CACCUGAGGCACCUGUGGCCAGCAACCCUGCCCCUGCAGGCACCAGACCAGCAUGGAUGAGGAAAGAUCAGCCUCACACUCAAAAGCACUUUGUCUAUGAAAAGCCAUCAGAGGUGGAGCGCAAAGUUCCCGAGGCAGGUGUGAUAGACAAGCCUGGUGUGUAUGAGCUCAGCAAAGUUCCAACUGGCAUUUCUAGGAUUCAUUUGAUUCCUGGCUUUGUUGACUCGGAACAAGCAGACUGGAUGUUUGAACAGCUCCUCCAAGACAUACCCUGGGGUCAGCGAACUCACAUCAGACAGGAAAUAUCUUUUGAGGAACCAAGGCUUACUUCCUGGUAUGGGGAACUUCCUUACACGUACUCCAGGAUAACAAUGCAGCCAAACCCAAAUUGGCAUCCUCUGCUGACCAUGCUAAAGGAGCGCAUUGAGGAGGUCACUGGCCAUACCUUCAACUCUCUUCUCUGCAACCUCUACCGAAACGAGAAGGAUAGCGUAGACUGGCACAGCGACGACGAACCAGCACUGGGGAAAAAUCCUGUCAUUGCCUCGCUCAGCUUCGGCGCUACCCGGACCUUUGAGAUGAGGAAGAAACCCUCCCCUGAAGAGAACGGAGACUAUACUUACGUAGAAAGACGAAGAAUCCCACUUGAUCAUGGCACUCUGCUAAUGAUGGAAGGAGCUACCCAGGAGGAUUGGCAGCAUCGAGUGCCUAAGGAAUAUCACUCUAGAGAUGCACGGAUAAACUUGACCUUUAGGUUCAUUUAUCCAGAACCUGAUGGAGUUUGGAAGUGA